AACACAUUGGCUUGUGGGCGGAGUUUCAGGCGUCACGCCACAGCAGCCACCGCUCACGCGCAGCACUGCGGAUACUGUGAGCCGACACGGCACGGGUGGUGAAAUUCGGUCCGUCUCAGAGCCGUGCAGCGGUCAUCAUGGCUCUCUAUGACUAUGUCACCCAAGAGCAACUCUCAGGUUUUGAUAAGUAUAAGUACAGUGCAGUGGACUCCAACCCCCUCUCUAUCUACGUCAUGCACCCUUUCUGGAACUCAGUGGUAAAGGUUUUGCCUACAUGGAUUGCCCCAAACCUCAUCACAUUUACAGGGUUCAUGUUCCUGGUACUAACCUUCACCAUGCUGUCCUUCUUCGACUUUGACUUUUAUGCCUCAGGGAAAGGCUAUACACAUGUGCCAAGUUUGGUAUGGAUAGCUGCUGGUUUGUUCAACUUUCUGGCCUAUACCUUAGAUGGUGUGGACGGAAAACAGGCUCGCAGAACAAACUCCAGCACUCCACUGGGUGAACUAUUUGACCACGGCCUGGACAGCUGGGCAUGUGUGUUCUUCGUCGCUACAGUGUACUCUGUCUUUGGACGUGGUGAUACGGGCGUCAGUGUGGUGACCCUGUAUUAUCUGUUAUGGGUUGUCCUGUUUUCCUUCAUACUGUCUCACUGGGAGAAGUACAACACUGGAAUUCUGUUCCUGCCCUGGGGCUACGACAUCAGUCAAGUGACUAUCUCUAUCGUGUACUUUAUAACAGCGCUGGUUGGCGUGGAAACCUGGUACAAACCCGUUAUUUGGAAUAUUUAUUACAGAGAUUUCUUCACUGUUAUGAUUGUCGGUUGUUUAUUUGUUGUAACUUUGCCAAUGAGCCUCUACAAUGUCUUUAAGGCGUACCGGAAUAACACCCUGAAGCACAGUUCGGUGUAUGAGGCCUUGUUGCCGUUUUUCUCUCCCGUCGUCUUGUUUGUGCUGUCUACACUGUGGAUCAGCUUUUCUCCUACAGACAUUGUCCAGCGGCAACCCAGAAUCUUUUAUCUCAUGGUGGGAACAGCCUUCUCCAACGUUACUUGCAAGCUCAUUGUAUGCCAGAUGAGCAAUACACGAUGCAAGCCAUUGAGUUUGUUGUUGUUGCCGAUGACAGCUGUGGUGUUGCUAGUGAUAUCUGGGACUGUGCAGCAAAGUGAAACGGUUAUCCUUUACAUAUGGACCGCUGUAGUCCUCUUUACUCACAUACACUAUGGAGUAUCAGUGGUGAAGCAGCUGAGUGAUCAUUUUAACAUAUAUGCUUUCUCACUGAAGAAGCCCAAUUCGGACUGACAAAACGAGGAGAAAAUCGGCCUGAAGGCUGCUGAGGUCUAAGCUAUCUCGGUAUGCUCUUCAGCUAGCCGACUCUCACCAAUCACCAAGGAGACACAGCUAACACCAGGAAACCAAAUUGUACUGACCAAACGCGCCUUUUUAUUCCGAGGAUGCUGCUCAAUCAACGAGAGGGUGGAGCUGCACCACAGGGCCCACUAGUCCCUGAGGCAGAGCUGCGCCAUAGGGCUCAUCGAGCCCUGAGGCAGAGCUGCACCACGGGGCCCACUGUGCCCAGGGGUGGAGCUGUGCCAUAGGACAUAUUGGGCUCAGACACACAAUUACACAAUGGGACUCAGUAGCUCAGAAAUGCAGCUGUACAACAGGACCCACUGAGCCCAGGACCUACAGUGCCUCGACUUGCAGCAGCGUAACAGGGCCUAUUCCUCGCAGAAAGAACUAUAUUGUGUUGCUCGCUCUGAGCGGAAACGGUUUGGUUGUGUGGUAUCCGUGAAGCUGGGGAUUUCGCUUGUUUCCUAAGGAAAUGUGCUUUUCAGCUGAGAUACUCGGAGCCUUGAAUGGUUAAUCUCACUUAUACACUCUCUCUCUCAGAUGAGUCACACUCACUCCCAACACACUCCAUCACAUCUAGCAAACCACAUGAUGAUGGACACACACAUAGGAUGUGAUGAAUGUCUUUAGCUUAUUCGAUUUGAAGAUUUUAAUUGCAUUUAAUUUUGGCCUCAGUUGCUUAAUUUUGGGGGGGAAAUGUCUUUUAAAUUCUUUCCAGUGUCAUUAAAGCAAAAAGAGGCAUUACUGAAUUAUGUUUCGAUAACAGACAGUAUAAGAAGACUGGGAAAACGGUCUAAUUUUCAGUUAAUAUUAAAGCUUAUUUAUAUGUAUGAGGGAACAGGGAUGUUAAUUGCUUAUUUAAAACUAUGGUGCUUUUGCUGAUCUCUACAACUAUAUAGAAUUGUAAUAAUGACAUAAGACAAAUUUAAACCACCUCAAAGAUGACUUGUUUGAAGACUUCACUCAAUUACAGUGAACGCAAGCAAGUAGUUUAUUUAUAAUAUCACACACGGCUCAAAUCACAACAUCUGACGGUUUGAACUUGAACUAUCUGGGAUAAGUUUUUGUUUUUGUUUCCUUUUUACAUUGGUGAUGGUGUGUCUGCCUGCCGAUUUUCAGUUUUUUUUCCAGUUUUCUUUUUGUUUGCUCCACUAGUAAGCUUUUAUUGAGUUUAUUUGUGCUUGAAUGAAGAGUGCGCUUCAAACCCUGACCAGGAGAGGGUGCACUUGGAGUGAGCGAGUCAAACCUCGCUCCGUUCUUUAAACACGAUAAAAGCACUAGUCUGUGUGCCACCAACAUGUCUGUUAAACCUGCAAACUACAGGUGUCAUGGCCUGCAUCAAGCUCAUUCCAGCAUUCAGUCUUCUUUUUUUCUCUCACUUUCCUUUACUUUGUCUGUCUACGUAUUUUGUUUGGUGGAAUGACGGUUUAUAUGAUGGUAAUAGGAUUUUUUUUAACUUUCACUAGGUGUCCGAAGUGUGCAUGAGCUGAAUGUAUGUGUGUAUGUAUGUAUGUAUGUAUGUAUGUAUGUAUAUGUGUAUAUAUAUAUAUAUAUAUAUAUAUAUAUGUAUAUAUAUAUAUAUAUAUAUAUAUAUAUAUAUAUAUAUAUAUAUGUAUAUAUAUAUAUGUAUAUAUAUAUGUAUAUGUAUAUGUGUGUGUGUGUGUGUGUGAAUAUGGAUGAGUGCCUGUGUGUAUGUGCUUAUGUACUGUAUGUAUAUAUCUGUGUAUGUGUUUUACACAUAUAUACACUCUCGCUCUGGAAACCUCAUGCCUCCAUACGUUCUGUUUCUAUGAGAUGAGAGCCAGUCAGCGAAACCAAGUGAUUAAUGUUUAAACAUGUACAGCCUGUCCAUGUUGCUAUAACAUUGUAUUGCUGUUGUUCAUCUUUUAUUUUUUUUAAUCUCAUAUACAGUGAGGUACAUAUUUCUUAUCCUCCAAACACCUCCCAUUUCAUAUGAAUCAAGAAAUGACAUGGAUUACUUGCAUAACCGAAUGUUAUAUCCAAAGCAAAUUCUGUAUUUGUUGUAAUGUCAAUAUCUAAAUACUGUCCAGUACACUUUUGCAAUAUAUUAUAUUAAAGAACGGUUUGAUGAAGCUCAUUCCUAAGAGCACUCCUGCAAAUUUAGAUCGGAAAGCUUUUUUUUUAUUUUUUAGACAGCAGAUGGCGCUUUUUUCUUUGCAUGUGGUAGAACUUUGACAUUCUUUGCAUAGUCUGAUGGUCAAAUUUACCUCACAAAUUGGCACAUUUUUUAAAAGUUAUUAGUGCAUGUAUCGUCAGCGGAGACUGCUGUCAGAGUGGCUGCUUGAUGCAUUAAUUUUGUUUCUUACUAUUUUCAUUUUUAAACUCUAUCCCUCUUAAAUGUGAUUGUUUUCGAGCUAUACAGGUGGCAGGAGUACUCUUAAGUGCUGUAUAACUGCAUUUGUGUGAUGCUUUCGAGAACAAGCAAUUGUAUACAUUUUCUUUUUAAUCUAAAGUGGGAUAAAAACACUCAAACCUCUGCAUAUUGUAAAACAAAAUCCAGCCAUGUUGUAACAUUAUCUUGUUGUGCUGCCCCAUUAAAUGUAAGUGUAUCCACAGUA